UCAGUCUUGUAAACUGAAGGUCCGUAGUUCGAUCCUGCGUGGAGGCAUCAUUUUUUAUUUUGGGAAUUUAUUUUCCGUUAUAUCCUGCUUCAGGAUGGAAGUGGGCAAUAUACUGGUGGGUACUGGACCAUCAAAGCCGUAUUUGGAUAGCUUAAGCAAUGCAAAAGUUUAAGAACUCGACAUGUCAUGUGUUCCUAUUAUUACAAAAUUUUCCCCCACUUUACGCAUUCCUUCGGCAAUGGCAAAAAACAGUGUAUGUGGGGAAAGUUUUUACUCUUCUUUGUUGCAGCAAUGUACCAAUAAAUAUGCAUUGGAGGAAGUUCACGCUCACAUGUUUAAAACUGGUUUCAAUCAUAAUAUCAUUCUAGAAACGAAACUACUUCAAAUGUGUACUUUUUUGGGUGUUAUGGAUUAUGGUCGCCAGGUGUUUGACAGAAUUUCCGAAACAAAUGUUCUCUUGUGGAAUGUAAUAAUCAGGGGGUAUGCGAUCAAUGGUCCCGUUGAUGAGGCAAUUACACUUUAUAAAGAAAUGAGAGAGCGGGGUUUUUGGCCAGACAAGUAUACGUUUCCAGUGGUAUUGAAGGCUUGUGCCAGCUUUUCGGCUUUGAGAGAGGGAAAGAGGGUUCAUGGUAACAUAGUCAAGACUGGUUUCGAAGGUGAUGUAUUUGUUGGAGCUGGACUGCUAGAUAUGUAUGCAAAAUGUGGGUGUAUAGAGAAUGCGUUCCAAGUGUUUAACAAAAUGCAUGAUCGAGAUACAGUGUCGUGGAGUGCAAUGAUUGCUGGAUAUGUGCAGAAUGGGUAUGGUAAGGAGGCAUUGACGAUUUUUUGUAGAAUGCAGUCUGAAGCUGUGGCAGCAGACUCUGCAAGUGUUAUGAGUGUACUUCCCGCAUGUGCCCAAUUGGGAGCUCUGCAAGAAGGUGAAUCGAUCCAUGCAUAUGUAAUUAAAGCUGGAUUUGAGCAGCAUAUUCCUGUAGGAACUGCACUCUUAAAUAUGUAUGCUAAAUGUGAGAACAUUGAUAGUGCAUGUCAAUUGUUUGAAACAAUGGCGGAAAGAAAUGAGAUUUCAUGGAAUGCAAUGAUUGAUGGUUAUGUUAAGAAUGGACUUGCUAAUAAGGCCUUGGAAUUGUUUUGCCAUAUGCAAAUUGUAGGCCUCAAGUUGAACACUGUUACCAUUUCGAGUACACUAGUAGCAUGUGCUGGAUUAGGAGCUUUUCAACAAGGCAAGUCAAUUCAUGCUUUCGUGAUUCGAAAUGAGGUUAUGUUAGAUGGUUCGGUUGGUAAUUCCCUAGUAGUUAUGUAUGCUAGGUGUGGGAGUAUAGGAAUUGGGCGGCUGUUAUUUGACAAAAUGUCUGGAAGAGAUGUGAUCUCAUGGAAUGCAAUGAUUGGUGGGUAUGCCCAGAAUGGACAUGCCAUGGAGGCGUUGAUUCUCUUUAAAAAAUUGCUAGUGACAGAUGUGAAACCAAAUUCAAUUACCAUAGUAAGUAUGCUACCAGCGUGUGCUGAUUUAGAAAACCUACAACAGGGCAAGGGGAGCCAUGCGUACAUAGUAAAGAGCGGAUUUGAAACUAAUACUACUGUAAUGACUUCCCUUGUGGCAAUGUAUGCCAAGUGUGGUGAGCCAGAGACAGCACAACAAUUGUUUGACAAAAUAUCUGUGAGAGAUCUGGUUUCCUGGAAUGCCAUGAUUGGAGCUUAUGCACAAAAUGGGCAUGGCAAUCAGGCCUUGGGGUUGUUUCAUCAAAUGCAACUAGAAGGUGCGAUGCCUAAUGCAGUAACCAUGACAUGCGUGCUACCAGCAUAUGCACAUAUUGGAGCUCUACAGCAGGGCAAGAUGAUCCAUGCUUACAUAAUUAGAAAUGGAUUUGAUUCAGAUGUUUAUGUGGGAACUGCAAUCGUAGAUAUGUAUUCCAAAUGUGGACGUAUAAACACUGCACGCGUAUUGUUUGAUAAGAUGUGCCAAAGAAACGUGGUUUCAUGGAGUGCAAUGAUUGCGGGAUAUGGGAUGAAUGGACAUGAAAAAGUUGCUCUAGAACUAUUUUUCCAAAUGUUAGAGGCAGGCACGAAACCUACGCAUGUUACUUUUGUUUCUGUUUUGUCUGCAUGCAGUCAUGCUGGCUUGUUGGAAGAAGGUUGGAAGUUAUUUGAUUCCAUGACUCGGGAUUAUAGCAUUACACCUAAGGAAGAGCACUAUGCAUGCAUGGUUGACCUUCUUGGACGUGCAGGCCAUUUGGAUCAGGCACAAAACUUCAUUGAAAAGAUGCCAAUAAAACCUUCUCCUGGCAUAUGGGGAACCUUGCUUGGUGCCUGCAGAAUUCACCACAAUAUUGAGCUAGCAAAAUGCAUUGCAGACCGCCUAUUUGACUUGAAACCUACUAAUGCUGGAUAUUAUGUAUUACUUUCAAAUAUUUAUGCUGCAGCAGGUAGGUGGGAUGAUAUAGUUAACGUAAGACAAUUGAUGAAAGACAGAGAUCUGAAAAAGACACCUGGGUGCAGUUGGAUUGAAACGAAUAACAGGGUUCAUUCAUUCCUAGUCGGAGAUAGAUCUCACCCUCAAUCUGAAAACAUAUAUUCAUUACUGGAAAGUAUGUUUAAGAAGAUGAAAGAGAUGGGAUAUGUGCCUAAUACAGAUUUUGUGCUACAUGAUGUAGAGGAAGAAUUGAAGGAAGAUCUGCUCUCAUGUCACAGUGAAAAACUAGCUAUUGCUUUUGGGCUUCUGAACACAAGACCUGGAACCCCUAUAUGUAUCACAAAAAACCUUCGUGUUUGUAUUGACUGCCAUACUGCCACUAAGUUUAUCACCAAGAUUGUUGGUCGAGAAAUUAUCAUGAGAGAUGCAAACCGUUUCCAUCAUGUCAAGGAUGGACUGUGUUCCUGCAGUGACUAUUGGUGAUGUUCAUGACAUUAGGUGUACAUUAAGUGUACAAAAAGUAUGGAGAUUAAAGGUA